UCCAGGCUGACGGGCGGAUGUGGAGCUGGAAGCCGCUGGGAGUGGGAGUUGUUGCGGGUUGUUUCUCUGAAAGCAGCGGUGAUGAGAGGUCACGGAGUCAUUACAAAGGACCAGACGCCUGAGGGCCCGAGGGCUUAGUCUCCAGCAGAGAGAUCAGAGGAGUUCACAGGAUCUAAAGUCAAUGAGAACAUCAUGAGGUUCCCACUCUGCUGGACAGGACACAGGCGUGGCUUGGCUGCAUGUCUGGGUUUGGGUUUGGGUUUGCUGAGCUUGGUGUCGAUCUCGCUGCAGCUCAUUCGGACAGAAACCAGAGAAGCUGUCGAGCUGCAUGUCAGCCCUGCAUAUAAACAGCUCGUGCAUGAAUACGUGCGCAGAGUUCUGGAGGGCCCGUGUCGUCCUCGUGGCACAAGACAGAACCUGCUGGCUGAACUCCCGGCCUCCAGCCGAAAUAUCUGGCCCUUCCUGAGGAGAGACGAGCCCCUGUCUGGAGACCUGUUUGUUUACCCGCCACCGUUUGGCUUCCAAGGACUCAAAGACAAAGUGGAGGACUUGCUGCAGCUGCUCCCGGAUCAAGACUCUGAGCCCCUGCCUGAGAGGUCGUCCAGUAAAUGUCAUCGCUGUGUGGUUGUAGGAAACGGAGGCAUCCUCAGAGGCCUGGAGCUCGGACGACUCAUCAACCGCUUUGACACAAUAAUCAGGUUAAACAGUGGUCCGCUGCAGGAGUUCAGUGUCGACGUGGGAAAUCGAACCAGCGUCAGGAUGAGCUACCCAGAGGGAACGCCMCUCCACUGGGUCGACUCAGAUCCUCAUACUGUGUUUGUAGCUGUGGUCUACAAGAGAGCUGACCUCAGCUGGACCUCUGCUAUGAUCAACAGGCUCAGUGUGCCUCUCUGGGACUGGAUCUUCUUCUGGCAGAAGGUUCCACAGGAAGUUCCUCUGGAACCCUCCAGGUUCAGACUCCUGAACCCCAGCAUCAUCAAAGAGACUGCAUUAGACCUCCUGAAGUACCCUCAGCCCAGACAGCGCCUGUGGGGCUGGGACCAGAAUGUGCCGACCCUGGGAGUGUCCGCGCUCAACUUGGCCAGCCUGCUGUGUGACGAGGUCAGCCUGGUGGGCUUCGGCUACAAUCUGUCCCAGCCGGGGGUGCCGCUGCACUACUACGACCACCUGCCCAUGAGUUUGAUGCAGCAGCAGAAAAUGCACAAUGUGAACCAAGAAACUGAGUUCCUCCAGAGGCUGGUCAGAGAAGGAACCAUCACAGACCUGACGGGAGGAGUCCACUGCUCCUUCUGCUCCAGUUGACACCUCCUCUUCACCUGCAUUACAGCUAAAUCCACAAUAAAUGAAGACUUAAAGAACCUAACAUGAGCUGCUGUGGAAGAAGUGAGGGAGAAACCUGACAUGGAAAGAAAAAAACUAUAAUUUGUCUGAAAAGUGUUUUUUGAAAAGCAAAUGCUGUUCAAACAGAAGACUUUCUUUCAGUGAAGAGGAACAGUGUUUAAAAAAUGUGAUGAGCUUAAGUGCAAACUGCUGUAUUGUGUACAUUACAUAGGAUUUCAUUUAUUCCCACAGAUGCUACAGUGUACAGACGGAGGGUCAAAGACWUUAUGAUGGUUCUACAGAAGGUAAACACACUGGGUCUAAGGUACCAACACCAGAACAAAUAGGUUUUUAUUGACGAUGACGUCAAACAUGGAAACAAAAUGUAUUUAUUGCUAGCACUCUGAAGUGCUAGCAAUAGAGAUAGUAGUCAGUUUCAACCCAGUAGUCAGUUUCAACCCAGUUUGAAGACGAACUUUAAAGAUAGAUUUUCAGAAACAGUUACAAUAUUAACAAACCCAAAUCAUCCUGUAUUAACUUCAUGUCCUUGUAGUUGUUAUUGUUUUGCACAAACAUUGCUCUUAUAUUUGUGAUGAAAUUUUAAUUCCACAGUCUAAUAAAUUCUCAUUUUACUGUUUGUAAAUGGAACAAGACAGAAUGCUUUUAUAUUCACAGAUUUUUAUUUUAAUAAAAGCAGAUAACCAGUAAUGAUGAA